AUGAGUUCAGGGCAGGUCUAACAUGAUUGGGUAGUUUGGCCAUGUGACCAUACACAUUCAUUUUCUGGUACUGCCAUCUUAAUGGAAGGAUGAUGUCAAAGCUCAGAAAUGACAGACUGACCUUAAGUCAAGUUUUGGAUUUACUUGAUGCUGAUGAUCCAGGGCCUGCAAUUUGCAAUAUAGCAGUGGUCCCAAAGACAGAGAAGGAUGCAAUAGAAAGCGACUGUGAUAGCGAUGCAUCUGACAUGGAUUUUACUGGUGACUCCGCUCACCUACCAUCAAGAAUCUUGAAUUCUACUGCAGAACUGUUUGGAUCUGAUCAUUUUGAGGAGGUUGAACCUGCCUGCGAGGACCAACCAAACUUCACAAUCCGAACAAGAAGUCUCACAAAAAAGCUUGAAGCUGCUUCAUCCUCUUUAUUGUUAUCUUCAGAUGCUACUACUGCCACCAUACCAGUGCCCAAGGCAGAAAGCAUCUCUGCUCAUCUGAUUAAAAGGAACAACAAGAGUAGGCAUUUCAGAAAGUCCAAAAAACCAGCAAAAAGCCAUUUGCCUGACUACAUUGUGUAUGAACCAACAGCAGCACAAUGUCUAAAGGCAACAAAUGCAAAUCCAUUGGAUGUGUUUUUAGCAAUGUACCCACCAUCUCUGAGACAGCUUACCAUAGAAAUGUCAAAUCUCUACAAAAUUCUGUCAGUUGAUGAGAGCAUGAUUCCCUACUAUGGGCGCCACGGGUACAAACAGUUCAUAAAGGGAAAACCAAUCCGCUAUGCUACAAGGUUUGGAGCCUGGCAUCCUCAGGGGGUUACCUCUACCACAUGGAGCCUUAUGCUGGAGUGCAUACCCUUCUUCCAAAGACCGGGCUAG